AUGUCUAUUGCUGCUGGCAAUUCGCUGACCAGAGAGAAUGUGUACACACUGCUUCGGCUUAUUCGGUUUCUAGGAGAAAAGUUUCUAUCUCCGAGUGAACUGAUCAAGAGUGUCAAAGAGGGACGAUGGAUGAAGAGUACUCUUGGCUACAGGCGUCCUGCUGAUUGUAUCAUCUAUGAUUCAGAUUGGGCAGUGGCAUCAUGUAUCAGUAACCAACCAUUCGUUGAUGUUCUGUCCUACGGUGUGGCCAUCCUUGAAUAUAAACCCGAGCUGGAAUUACUUGGUGUUAUUGUGGGGUUCAAAGACAAUUACCAGCUUGUUAUUGACAACUUCAAGUUCAGUUCUGAUGAUAUUACUUCUGAGGCUACUGUAUUAAUCCUCAAGUGCAUCCGUUAUGUGGGUUCAUGUGAUGAUUUUGUAAGGGAGCUCAAAGAUUUGAAAUGGUUGAAGACAAUUGUGGGAUUUCAUGCUCCUAACAUGUCCUUUCUUGUGGACCCUGAAUGGGAGUGCCUUCUAAAGGUCUUUAAUGGGGUUCCUGUUAUUGAUUAUGGAUUUUAUGGCAGUGUGAUCAGUUCAUACAAAGAAGAAUUGAAGAAGACUGGGUUGAUCACAAGAUUCGAUGAGGCAUCAAAGGCUAUAACCCAUAUUUUCAAGCAGAAGGUGUUGAAUUCAUCGCUUGAAAAAGCAGAUCUCCUGGCUCUACUAGGAUCAUAUCGUCAACUGGCAACACAUGACCUAAUUCCAGUUGAGCUUUUCAACGCUAUGCGUACUGAAAAGUGGCUGCACACCUCACUGGGAUUCCAAUCUCCUUCAGAUGCAAUUCUAUUUGAUGAUGAAUGGGAACCUUUGUCUCCAAUAGCAAAUUUACCAUUCAUAGGUGAUGGUGACUCUUGUUAUGGUUUAGGAAUGGAGAUACAUGGCUACAAAGAUGAACUGAAGAAGUUGGGUGUUACUGUUGAAUUAAAACAAGGUGCUAGAUUCGUCAUCACAGGCAUCAGCAUUCCUCGUGACCCUUCCAAGUUGUCCAAAGCUACAAUCUUGUCACUGCUUGGGUGCAUCAAGAGCUACUUCACCCUUGCAGCUGGACCUCCUAAGGGCUUCCAGGAAAAUUUGUGCAAGUGGUUGAAGACAUCCAUGGGAUAUCAGUGUCCUAAUGAUUGUAUCCUCUUUGAUCCUACACAGUCUUCUAUCUGCAUGGAAGAUGGACCUUUCAUAGAUGAAGCAUUCUAUGGUUCAGAGAUAGCCUCAUUGAAAGAUGCUCUUACAAGAAUCGGAGUAACUGUGGAUAUCAAACAUGGAAAAGAUCUUGUUGCUCGGCAUCUGAGGAGCCACAAUGAUAGGAUUACCAUUUCUCGGAUCUACUCAUACCUGAUGGAGAGCAAUUGGGUGCCUGAAAAUAAAAAUAGCAAUUGGAUUUGGAUACCAAACGAAAUGGAUGGUGGAGAAUGGGUGACUCCAAGAAGCUGUGUUCUUCAUGAUCGGAACAAUCUUUUUGGCCUGCAGCUUCAUGUCCUGGACAAAUAUUAUGACAAAAAGUUGCUUGACUUCUUUUUGUACCAUUUGGACGUGAGGAAUGGGCCUGGUUCUGAAGAUUACUGCAGACUAUGGGUCACAUGGGAGAAAUCCGUCCAGGAGAUAGCUGUGUCUGAUUGCUCUGCUUUCUGGAAAUUCAUUGCGACAAACUGGAGCAAAAACACCCAGAAACUUCUUUCUGGUUGUGUCAAAGUUCCUGUGUGUACUGACGGAAAGAUCAUUUUAUCAAUGAAGGAGGAUGUGUUCAUUCCUGAUGAUCUACUACUUACAGACUUGUUCAGCAAGCUAGCUCAGCAUUCAUUUUUUAUCUGGUAUCCUGCUUCUAUCCUACCUUCCAUGUCUCGAGCAAGCCUUAACUGCAUCUAUGAUAGCAUCGGUGUUCAAAGAAUAUCCAACGCAGUCACCAAGAAUGAUGCCUUCACCUUAGACAAUUACCAUUUCAGAACAACUGAUCCAAGUAAGGUGAUCAAGGUUGGUCUACUCAAAAUAAUUCUCUCAUUCCUCGCUGAUCCUGCUUUCCGACAUUCCUGCUGA